CUCAGUAAAGAGCUGGAGGCUGACUUCUGUUGUGGACACAUGGUGGGAACGCCGGAUUGUGGCUCCAGGCAGCAAAGAAGUGAAUUUCCAUUUGCAAUGAUGCAAGCAAGUGAUCUGGUGACACACCUGCGCAUACCAGAACUUUGGGAGGUCCGGCAGUUUGUUCGCUCUCUUCCACCAUCCGCUCUAAUAGGCAUUGGCACCAUUGCAGCCCUGAUAGCAUACUGGUAUGCCACAAGACCUAAGCCACAGAAACCUCCGUGUGACCUGACCAAGCAGUCUGUUGAAGUGCAGAAUGGUGAACUUGCUCGGAAAAGUGUACUACUUAAACAGAAAGAUCUGAUAACUUCAUACUAUGUGGAUGUGAGAACCCUGUAUGAUGUGAUGAAAAGAGGUUUGGUUAUAUCGAGUAAUGGUCCUUGUUUGGGGUCAAGGAGACCAAAUCAGCCUUACGAGUGGAUAUCCUAUCGAGAAGUUAUGUCCAGAGCAGAACAUGUGGGUUCAGGAUUAUUCACCCAAGGGUACAGACCAGGGAAUAACCAAUUUAUAGGAAUAUUUGCACAGAACAGACCAGAAUGGGUUAUUAUUGAACAGGCCUGUUAUACCUACUCCAUGGUGGUGGUACCAUUGUAUGAUACAUUGGGAGAUGAAGCUAUUUCCUACAUCUUAAACAAAGCGGAUAUUGCAGUUGUAUUCUGUGACACACAAGCCAAAGCAGAAUCUGUAUUAAACAGUGUGGAAAGUAAGCAAACGCCAGAUGUUAAGAUCAUCGUUAUCAUGGAUCCUUUUGGAACUGAGCUAAAGCAACGAGGAAUUAAGAGUGGAGUUGAAAUUGUAUCUUUGCAGACAAUUGAGUAUGCCGGAAGAGAUCAAAAAUGGAAGCCAAAACCACCGCAACCUGAUGACUUAGCUGUUAUUUGUUUCACAAGUGGAACCACAGGAAAUCCUAAAGGGGCAAUGCUGACGCAUAGAAACGUCGUGUCUAAUUUCUCUGCAUUUGUGAAAGUCACAGAGAAUGUGAAUGUCCCAACUCCAGAUGAUACUCUAAUCUCUUUCCUGCCUCUGGGUCAUAUGUUUGAAAGAUUGGUGGAGAUUGUGGUUCUCUGCCAUGGUGCACGAAUUGGCUUCUUUCAGGGAGACAUCAGAUUGCUAAUGGAUGACAUCAAAGUUUUGCGGCCAACUAUUUUUCCUGUUGUCCCUCGAUUGCUAAAUAGGAUGUAUGAUAAGAUCCAUAGCCAGGCCAACAGCUUUCUGAAAAGAUGGAUAUUGCAAAUUGCUACUUGGAGAAAAACAGCAGAGCUUCGAAAAGGCAUAAUGCGACGCAACAGCAUAUGGGACAAGUUAGUCUUCCGGAAAAUACAGGAUAGUCUUGGUGGCCAGGUAAAAUUAAUGGUAACUGGUGCGGCUCCUGUGUCUGAGACCGUGCUUACCUUCAUCAGGGCUGCUGUCGGUUGCCAGUUUUAUGAGGGAUAUGGACAAACUGAGUGCACUGCAGGCUGUUCAAUGACCCUUCCUGGAGAUUGGUCAGCAGGACAUGUUGGAGCUCCAAUGCCUUGCAAUCUGAUUAAACUUGUUGACGUAGAAGAAAUGAACUAUUUUGCAAGAGCAGGGGAGGGUGAGAUAUGUAUAAAAGGGACAAAUGUUUUCCAUGGUUACCUUAAAGACCCUGAGAAAACAGCAGAAGCUCUGGAUAACCACGGCUGGUUGCACACAGGGGAUAUAGGAAAAUGGCUGCCAAAUGGCACUCUGAAGAUAAUUGACCGAAAGAAGCACAUCUUCAAACUGGCACAGGGCGAGUACAUUGCACCAGAAAAAAUUGAGAACGUCUACGUCCGAAGUGAGCCUGUGGCCCAGGUGUUUGUCCAUGGUGACAGUCUGCAGGCCUUUCUGGUGGGAAUUGUGGUACCUGAUCCUGAAGUGUUACCUGCAUGGGCACAAAGGAGAAAUAUUACAGGGACAUUUGAGGAAUUGUGUAAAAACAAGGUUUUAAAGGAUGCUAUUUUAGCAAAUUUGACACAAAUUGGAAAGGAAGCUGGACUCAAGUCAUUUGAACAAGUGAAAGAUAUCGCUCUGUAUCCUGAGAUGUUCACUGUUCAAAAUGGCCUUCUGACUCCAACGUUCAAGGCAAAGAGGGCAGAGCUGAGAAAAUUCUUUCGUUCACAGAUUGCUGAACUUUACAAAAACAUCACUGUAUAAACAAACACUUUUUUUAAGCAAAUGUAAUUAAUGGCCUUGGUGAUUUGGUAAUGGUAAACUGUUAACAGAUGCUUUGCAAUGACCUCUAACGAGAGUAUAUAUUUUGUACAACAAGCCUUGUGAGCCAAAAAUCUCAGAGAUCACUGUUUAAAUAUAUGGAUUUCCAAAAUGCCUUAUAUUUGGAACACUUAUCUCUUUCAUGGGGGACUGGGAUAGCAAACUUGAUAUGAAAUGGAAGCACAAAGCUGCACAUGAGUAAAAGAUGUACAGUUGUCUCAAAUGCACUAUUGAAUAACAUUCUUUUUAUAUCAAUGUAUACAGCAACUGUUGCACAAAUAUCUAAAAAUGAAAUGAAGAAUAACACUGAAAGUUUUAACAAGAUUACAUUUUUAAUUUAUGAUAUCUCCCGAAGAUUUAAUAUUUGAUGUAUAAGGAAAAAAGGCUUGGCAUUGUAAAUGUUUUUGUACACAGAACCAAAACAGAAUUUGCAAAAUUGUCAGUAAAAUAAAAAAAAGUAUGUUUUAUGUAUUUCGUUCAUCAUUCAGUUCUAUGCAUCGAUGACAAAAAAUUACUUGCUGUGCUGAAAUAAGGUGAAUAUAGUCACCUUGUGAAGUGUAUUAUGUGACCACCCCCACUGUCUGCAAACUGGUACUUGUUAUCAAGACACCAAAACCUGUUUCAAUAGUUUAGAGGAACCCUGAUUAUCCGGCAUUUGAUCAUCCGAACAAAAUCGCCAGGUCCCAAUACUUGGCUAAUUAUGUUUUUCUGAAGAAGGGCACAUGCCCGAAACGUUGAUUCUCCUGCUCUUUGGAUGCUGCCUGACCUGCUGCGCUUUUCCAGCAACAUAUUUUCAGCUCUAAUUAUGUUAUCCAGCACUCAACUAUCUGGUAUUCGAUUAACCGCGUUAAAUACUCCCCUCCCGUAUCCUUCGGAUAAUUGAAGUUCCUCUUACAUGUAGCCAAUUCUACUGUAGUUGGCAUCCUUUGCAUUCUCAACCAUUUUGCAAUCUUUGAGUGGAGGAUUUGCAAAGAACAAUCAUAACUCAACUCCAGAAAUAACUGUUCCAUCCAGUUUGGGAACAUGCAGCAUUUUGUGCUGUGUUGGUGCACUCUAAGGUUUGAGAAUAAAUUAAUAUUAACUGAAGCUUGCUGAUUGCAUUAUUAUUUUUCCAACAGGCAAUGGCCUUUAUUCAUGAAAGCUGUCACUUUCACAUUACUGGGGAAAGAAUCUGUGAAAUCCAAUUUUAAUCUUAUGUACUUUGCUAUAAGCUGGAAGGCCCUGCAUUCGCAAAUGCAGAUUACUUUGUUUGUAUUCUUGUGCCUUCAAAACAGGGUAAGAAUUAUGCAUAUGUGUUCUGCAAUCAAGUAAUGUGUUCAUUUGACUAUUUUAUCAAACCAGUAUACUCCACCUUGGUAUACUACUUUUGUAAAUAAAACAAAGUGUUUAUUUUUUUUGUCAAGAUGAUUAUAAAAGGGAGUAAAUGGUAUAUAUAGGAUUGAUACUUGGUGAGUGUGUGCUGCUCAUGGACCAUGGUGACUUAGAAUUGUCUUAUU